UUGUGAUUUGUUUCGUUGUUCGUUUCGUUGUCGUGUGUAGAGUAGAAUGCGCUUGGUUGCGCUCGAUAAUUUAGUUAAGUCUUCAGAUAUUUAGUUUUCUAUCUAAAUGUAGGUCGAAUUAAGUUAUUUGUUUGUGAAAAUUAAUUAAGUAAUUUUAUUUAAGUGACAUGAAUUAAUUUAGUUCUAUCAAAAUGCCCGGAAUAAGAAAAUAUCGACGAGACACUAGCGAAGUCAGCUGUUGUUUGAAAUAUGUUAUUUUUGGUGUGAAUGUGUUGUUUUGGUUCUUGGGCCUUAUAGUACUGGCUGUGGGUGUGUGGGCAUGGACGGAAAAGGACACAUUCAACAACCUAUCUCAGCUGACCAAUAUAGCAUUGGAUCCAGCUUUCAUAUUGAUGUGUGCUGGGGCUAUCACAUUCAUAAUCGGCUUCACGGGCUGCGUCGGAGCAUUGCGUGAGAACACCUGCCUAUUGGCCUGCUAUGCGGUGUUUUUGGCGCUGUUGUUACUGUCUGAGAUGACGACAGGAAUACUGUUCUUUGUGUUCAAAGAUUGGAUAAAACAGCAGGCGACGACUGGUUUCCAGACCUUCAUCACGCAUUAUAGAGAAGACCCAGACCAGCAGAACCUGAUUGACUGGAUACAAGAAGAAUGGCUCCAAUGCUGCGGAGUAGAAGGCCCGCGCGACUGGGACCGCAACGCAUACUUCAACUGCUCGAGCGGCGCCGUUGGCUCCCGAGAGGCCUGCGGAGUCCCCUUCAGCUGCUGUCGCAACAAGCCGCAGGACAUCAUCCGCAACAAGCAGUGCGGCUACGACGUCCGCAAGCCGACCUAUCAAGUGAGCGAGCGCGUGAUCCACGAGCGCGGCUGCCUGGCGGCGGGCGAGGACUGGCUGCAGCGCCGCUUCCCCGUGGUGGCGGCCGCCUUCCUAGGGCCCAUCGCGCUUAAGGUUCUAACUAGUUAUGAUAUUGCUAAGAUAAUUCAUGAGAAAGGCUGCCUAGAGGCGGCCGAGGAGUGGUUUGACCGUAACUUGCUGGUGGUUGCCACGACCGCUGUUUGUACUACUUUUGCACACAUCCUUGGGAUAUGUUUCGCCCAAAACCUGCGCGCGGACAUAUUCGCCCAAAAAGCGAAAUGGCACUGACAAUCAGCCCCUCCUGCGGCCGUGUGACGCUCCCCGCGUCGCACCCCCAACCCCUAUAGCGCGCUGUACGGCCCCGACGUCACCUGCCACUUGGACAGGUGAACGGGCUGGAGAGACGACGUCGCCGAUGCUUGCUAGUUAUGUAAGGUUAGGAUAGAUGGCGCUGUUGUUAACUUAACUCGGAUUUAGAAAGAACAUAAGACUUCUUAUCGGUGCAUUGAGUUGGCCAAUAUUGUCAGUAGAAAAUGAAGGGAAAAUUAAAAACUAUAAACGUUAUGUUCAGUGAUACGAAUUACAUGUAGGUACUUAACGAUAACGAAGGUUAUAAUGUAUUGUUCCUCGUUGUCUUUAUAUACACCGCAAAUUGAGUUCAUAACGUUUAACCUACAUAAUAUUAAAGUUUUUCAACUGAAGUUUCAAUUAAAAUUGAAAUAAAAUGACAUUUGUCUAUUAAAUCAAAUCUGAUAUUCAUUACAGACUUGAGUAUUUCAUUCAGGUUUAUCAGGAUCUGAUUAACAUGGUCCUACUGACAAUAUUGCCUGGCCAGAAAUAAAUAUACGAAUACAGUGAUCUUUUCGCUCUAAAUCUGUUGUUAACACCUAAUAGUUACUACCUUACCUACUAUCGUAUUAACGUAGCUUUUCCCAAACUUUUACUUAAUAGCUUUUCACAACGAAUCCUUAAAUCCUUCACUUUCACCUCUUUCCUGAAUGUUCAAGUUGUCUUGAUGGUGAUAAAGUUUAUAAAUAAAUGUUGAUGUCGUCAUAAGAA